AUGGAUCCCAACUCCGCUCUCUGGAGCGGCCAGGCGCCCUCCCCUGAGAAGUCGAGCCAGCUCCUAAUCCGCGAAUAUCCUCACCGAGCCAUUGCCAUCGUCUCCAACGACCACGCCCUCAUCUUCCGCCACAGUCCCACCACCAGCGAGUCCAUCGCCAAUGGCUCCCUCUCCUCUAUUCCCUCUGCUCGGCCCCGCGCCGGCACAGGCGCCAGCGCGACCGACAGCUUUGCCUCCAAGUGCAUGGUCGAGUUUACCCAAGUCAACAGGAACACCCUCAGCGACUACCGCCCCCUGACCCCGCGGCCGAUAUACGGGACUCUGGGGCUGAUAUCGGUCGGCCGCGAUGUCUUCCUCUGUGUCAUCACACACGCCUCUCGAGUAUCGACAUUGCGUCCCGGAGAGACCAUCGAACGAAUCUUGGCUGUCGAGUUCUACGGCCUCAAUACCUCCGAGUACGACGAUGUAUUCUCCGCCAUCGAUCCCUACGAGCUUGAAAUGUCGGACGCCGCUUCCACGUACGGCCAGCCACUCAAUAGGAGAGAAGGUAUCGAACAUCCUUGCGUGGAUGUACAGAAGCUUCUGAGCAAUGGUAGCUUCUACUAUAGCACCGACUUCGACCUGACGAACCGGCUUCAGGACAGGCCUGCGGACGCAAAUACCUUCGACAUUGACAACUUUGACGAGGGCUUCCUCUGGAAUUCAUACAUGAUUAGCCCUCUUGUGCAGUUCCGGUCGCGGCUGAUGCCACAUGAGAGGGAAACGCUCGACGCAUCACGAAUAUUGACUUCGGCCAUACGAGGGUUCUGUUUGACAAUGAACAUCCCUCAGUUAGCGGCGCCCUUGAAGCCCGCGAGGUCGGGCAUGCCCUCCUAUUUAACUAUAAUAUCACGUCUUUCCUGCCGACGAGCUGGAACCCGGUUCAACUCGAGGGGCAUCGAUGACGACGGAAACGUGGCCAAUUUUGUAGAGACGGAGACAAUCUACUGGAGCCCUUCAGGUGUCCUAUUCUCAUACGCGCAGGUUCGCGGCUCUGUGCCCGUGUUCUGGGAGCAGGCUGCCGGGCUGCUGCCGGGACAGCAGAAAAUCAGCAUCACAAGAUCGCCUGACGGCACCCAGCCGGCCUUCAAUAAGCAUUUUCAGGAUCUCGAGCACAAUUACGGCGCUGUCCACGUCGUUAACCUGCUGAGCGAGUCGAAGCCUGGCGAGGUCGAACUCAGCCAGCUCUACCGCAAUGGCAUACUACACUGCCCUUUGAGUCGUGCGGGUGAAAAGCAUUCCGCGGAACAUGCACUCCUGAGGGGGACGGAAUACGACUUCCAUGCUGAAACGAAAGGGCCGACGGGCUAUGAGGCCGCUAGGGGAAUACGCCGGUACAUUGAGGAUUCAGCAGAGGGGUUUGCUUACUAUCUCGCGGAGGAGACAGAUAGCCCUGGUGAGACCACGAAUGGAAUGGCCCACACCAACCGGCGCUAUGUGGUUGUCCUCCAGCAGGAAGGCGUCUUCAGGACAAAUUGCCUCGACUGCUUGGACCGCACGAACUUGAUACAGACCCUAAUAUCACAAAUGGCUGUUGAGUCAUUUCUUGGUCAUCGUGGAGAACGUGCUUCUUCAGACUUUUGGAUGAGACACUCAAGCCUUUGGGCUGAUAAUGGCGAUGCCCUAUCACGCAUUUAUGCCGGCACUGGAGCUCUGAAGUCUUCCUUUACCCGUCACGGAAAAAUGUCUUUGGCUGGAGCCAUUGCAGACGCACGAAAGUCAGCGACCAGGUUAUAUAUCAACAAUUUCACUGACAAGCAAAGGCAAAACACUAUUGAUAUGCUGCUCGGCAGGCUCGUGGGCCAGUCACCGGUCUCACUUUACGACCCCAUCAACGACUACGUCAACGCAGAGCUCAACAAACGCAGUACACAAUUCUCAUCCACAGAGAACAUCAGAAUCUGGGUUGGCACAUUCAACCUGAAUGGACGUACUCACGGCAUUGAAGAGGACCUAUCUGCUUGGCUGUGUCCCGAAGAGAUCGGCGAUACACAACCUGAGAUUGUUGUAGUCGGCUUUCAGGAGAUCGUUGAACUGAGCCCUCAGCAAAUUAUGAACAGCGACCCUACUAGGAAGCAAUUAUGGGAGCAAGCUGUGCGGGCGACUCUGAACACCCGAGCUCAAGAAAUCGGCGGCGAAAAAUACGUUGUCCUACGAAGUGGACAGCUUGUAGGCGCAGCCUUGUGCAUCUUCGUGAGGCAAUCCGUCCUUUCCAACAUCAAAAACGUCGAGGGCUCUGUGAAGAAGACAGGAAUGUCCGGCAUGGCUGGCAACAAGGGUGCGGUGGCUAUCAGGCUAGACUAUGCCAACACUCACAUAUGUUUCGUCACGGCGCACUUGGCGGCCGGCUUUGCCAACUAUGAUGAGAGGAAUAAGGACUAUGCCACGAUUAGCAAUGGAUUGCGCUUCCAACGGAAUAGGAGCAUUGACGAUCACGAUACUGUCAUCUGGCUUGGUGAUUUCAAUUAUCGGAUCGGACUAGGCUGGGAGAGGGCCAUGGAGCUUGUUCAAAAGCGAGACUUGGAGCGGCUAUAUGAAAAUGACCAGCUUAACCUACAAAUGGUGGCUGGUCUGUCAUUUCCCUUCUACUCAGAAGCAAGGAUCACAUUCAUGCCGACAUACAAGUUCGACAUUGGAACAGAUACGUAUGAUUCCUCUGAGAAAGCCCGCAUCCCGGCCUGGACAGACCGCAUCCUGCGCAAGGGUCCCAACCUCCGGCAGCUGGCAUACAAUUGUGCGCCGCUCAGGUUCUCGGAUCAUCGGCCUGUCUAUGCCCUCUUCGACUGUACCGUGAGUAUUGUCGACGAAUCGCAGCGAGACAAGAUCAGUCGUGAUGUCUACCUCCGGCGAAAGGCAGAGGUCGGGGAUGCCACCGCAAAUGUCAACACUGAGGACACAGAAGACGAAGAUUUGAUUGGCUACGACGCUAUAGAACCUGGACUUCCUCCAGCCAGUUCUGAUCGCCAAAAAUGGUGGUUGGACAACGGGAAACUGGCGCAGUCCUCAAUCACUCCUCCAAAAGGCAUGGACGGAUCGACCUCGACGAUCCUCAACCCUAAUCGACAACCCAACCCGUUUGUGCCGUCAGACGAGCCUGACUGGGUCACAGUCCCGCGAGCAGACUCCAGGCUAUCGUCCUUUUCAAGCAUAUCUACAUCGCCCUACGAACACAUCAAUCACUCGACUUUGCUAGCAUCUUCUGUGUCAAGCACCCCGCCACAAAGAAAAUUGCCCCCUCCGUACGACCCCUCAGCCCUGCCUGCCAGAGUGGGAAGACUGGCACUGAACGAGGAGCAACACCCACUACAAUUCAAGAAGCUAGAUACACCACCAGCACCACCACCGUCAAGAAAACCGUUGACGCAGACGCCAUCCUUCCCUCCGCCGCCUAAUCAGACUCCUAUUCCUAGUAUCAACAAUCAAGCAAGAAAACAGCCUCCACUGCCGCCACCGCCCCGGUCAGCUUCCACGGUCUCUGCGUCGUCCCAGAAGACAGCCAAAGGCCCGCCGCCAGUCGCCAGGAAACCAGCACACCUGCUCUCGACCUCACCAACUGGGCCCGAGCCAGAAACCUCCCCCUCUACUGAGACCAAAGCCAAACCCAUACCGCCUCGACGACCGUCAAGUAGUGUGCAUAAUGUGUCUCGCUCGGAAAUACGUGACAGCCUGCAUCGCACUGCGUCCGCGAGAGAGGUUUCUAACCGCAACCAUGACCAACCGCCGAUGCCUCCACCCCGCAGAGCGGGCACGUCUUCUGUAGCAUCGGGCGGCCCUGGCUGGGCACCCCCUGGCGCAGUAGGCCUGGUCGGAUUAUCCAAGGAGGGCCGUCCUACAGUGCCGCCUAGGAAGCCGGUACCGGGCACGAUCUCCCCGACCAGCUCAUCAGGUCGAUCAGCCCCUCUACCCGCGCCAAAGAAGCCUGCUUUGAGUGCCAGGAGUCCUGUAGUAGAUUUGUUGGGUGAUGACGGGGCCACCGUUGGAGGCUGGCAAGCCCUGAAGCCUUCUUAG